AUGAAAAGCUCAUCGGACUCAAGUCAGAAAGGGAUGUUUCGUGUCGACAGGGCCUAUUUCUUGGGAGAGCCGAACAACGAUGAUCAUCCAGGCGUCUCAACCAAUAUAUUUGCCGCGCCGGAGUACAAGAAGUUUGGGGCAAUUGAUAGGAGUCAAUCCAAAGCAGGAAUAGUUACUGACUUUAACGAAUUCGACGACGCUCAACUACAUUCUGCCUAUGUCGAUCGGGUCGAGGAGGAUAACGUCAUGGUGCUCCUGAAGCAGGCAGUCCACUAUGUGUGGAGACAGGAAACCCCAUUCGUCGCUCUAUGCGACUACAACACUUUAGUCCUACUAUAUAUGCCGAAACAGAAGGAUAGCCAUGGCGGACCAUACACCUAUAUGACCAUAGUAAGGGGGGAGUCGAAAGAAAUGCGAAAGGCGUAUCUGGGGUUCCUUCUAGCGGCCAGAUCACGUGCACAGGGAAACAAAGACUGGCGUCUGAGUCAAGCCAGACAAGACCUCUUCUUGGAGGCGGAGCAAUGGUGGCAGCAGAGCGCGUCAUCCACGCCUCAGAGAAACCCAGGUCGAUCUGGGAGAAAUGAUAACCCAAGGCACGAUACUCCGAGUAGCCAGGGGAGCGAUGUCUCCAUGACUGGAGUCCAGCGUGGUAGAGGUGAUCACAUUAUCCUCCUCAUUCUCUUUCUCGCCAAAGACCUGCACAACAUCCCAAACAAAGACUGCCGGAACGUCGAGGCAGACUUCAACGUCCACGAUUUCGAGAGGCAGCUCAGCCUCAACAAGGAGCUCGAGCUCCUCCUCCACGGCGAGCUCUAUAUCCAGAACCAGCGGACCAUCCGGUUCGAGGAAACCAAAUGA